UUCUGAAUGUGCACAGCAGCCAGCCCAGCCCUCACACAGUGACAGAUAGCUGUCGGUCGGGAAUGGGGGUAGGCUAUCUCGGAAAUAAUCUGCCCACGCCAUAAGCUGCUUUAUCCCUGCCAAGCCUCAGCCGGACAGAGACUGAUGCAGCUCCGUUACCAGUCAGAGGGAGGUCGGAAUUAGAGUGGGAGAAAGAAAAAGUGACACAGGGUGCGGAGGCAAGUUUGAUAAAUCUUUUUAGGGUUGGGGGAGUGUGUGCUCGGCUUGGAGCAUACAUGGAGACCUAAUUGGACCUUGGCUCACAGACCUGAAGUUGAUCCUGCUGCGUGUGUUUAGUCUGGGUAGCAAGAGGCAUAAAACAAGUCCACACUGGGAAUUUAACACCAGCGUGAAGCUGGCACCGGGGGCUUGGGCAUGGACAACAUUGGAUUUUGGAUAUUCCUGAUAACAACUUGUGUUAUUCCAGGAAUAAAUGGCCAGACUGUGGAAAUGGAUGACGGGAAAUCUGGGUUUGUUGGCUCAAAAGUGGAUCUCCGCUGUCGGUUCAUCAACAGCUCCCCGCCUGUCAAAAUCUCCCAGGUAACCUGGCAGAAACUGGUGAAUGGCACUAAGCAGAACGUGGCAAUUGCCAAUCCUUCCCUGGGAGUGUCCGUGGCCCCGCCCUACAGGGACCGUGUUGCCUUCAAGAACGCGGCAGUGAGGCGACGGACUCCGACUCUUGAGGACACCACCAUCACCUUCUCCUCACUCCGCCUCUCUGACGAGGCCACAUACAUCUGCGAAUACACCACGUUUCCCGCUGGCAACCGAGAAAACACUGUAAACCUCACUGUUUACGUUCGCCCAACAACUCAGAUGAGCCUGUCCACACCAACUCUGGUGGCUCGCUCAUCCAAUCUGAAAACACCUGUGGCGACCUGUUUAUCUGCCAAUGGAAAACCGCCUGGUACCAUCAGGUGGGAGACGAGGGUUCCGGGAGAAGUGAGCACCCGAGAGUACAGAAACUCAGACGGGACUUUCACCGUUCAGAGCGACUACAUUUUAGUACCCAGCAGAGAGACGCACAAGGAGACGCUAACCUGUGUCACCACCUACAACGAGGAGGUCUUCACUGACAGUGUCACACUCGAUAUUCAGUAUGAGCCUGAUGUUUCUGUUGAUGGGUUUGAUGGGAACUGGUAUCUGAACCGAGAGAACGUCCAACUGAGCUGCCAGGCUGAUGCCAACCCUGCCGUCUCUCUGUAUCAGUGGAGAUUGAUUAAUGGCACCAUACCGAGCAACACUGAGAUCCGAGACAACGUAAUUAUUUUUAAAGGGCCUGUCACAUAUGACGUGCAAGGCACCUAUGUGUGUGAUGCCACCAACAGCAUCGGGACACGUUCAGCCUCUGUGGAGGUCAGCAUUAUAGAGAAGCCACUACCGCAGAUCGCAACAGGUGAUGUCAUCAGCGUAAUUGCCUUAUUACUGGCUGCUGGAGUGCUCAUGGGCAUUACUAUCACAGUCCUGGUGCUCAAAAUAAGAAGCAGGAAAAAUGACUCCUCAAGUGACUCUCCAUCCAGAAAAUUGUCCCAGCCCAUAAGGAAAAGACCUGGAGAUGAAAUCCAGCAUUCAGGACGGUUUUAUGAAGAGCUUCCAAACACGGCAGACUAUGUGAGCUACAGACUGGCCUGUAACAAGGAGGACUACCCAGAACCCUACUCCCCUCCCAUCAACCCCCCUCUCACAUUUCUGCCCCAGCACCCCUACCAGUCCACACAACCAACCACUGCAGCCAGCAGCAGCAGCAGCAGCGGCAGCACCACCACAUCAAAAAACACCUUCUCUCCUCCUUCACACACCACAGCCAUCUUUAAAUACCCCUCGGUACAGGGAUUGUCCUCUCCUCCCCCGGGAGUGGCGGCGUACACUUUUCCCAAAGAGCAGUACGUCUGAACUCGGGUACAAACUCAGAUCUCUCCAGCGACCUCAGAUGAAACAACCUGAUUUAAACCUGAACCUUUCCUAAGAGGAGAUUGUUGUUUAACCCUGGACUAUCAGGCAGCGUUUCUGCACCGUCUGCAUCAUUGUGAACGGCUCUGGAAGUCAAUGGACAAUGCAGCUUUUGUUUUUGGACUUAAGUACAGUUUUGAAAUGUUCUUAUUCUCUCCUUUGCCCAGUCUUUUAUUGUGUUCUUUGAAAAGGGAAUAUUAUUGAACCAUAUUUGAAAUGUUUGCCAGCAAGUGUAAGUUUUAGGAUAGAGGACGGUCCAGUUAAUGAUGACUUGACUGCCAUUGGAAAAAUGUACAGUGCAUGGAUGAAUUACAAUUCCAGCUGAAUGGAUAGGAUUAUAUCUCCAUGUCUGAUGUGACCCUUUACUUUAUCCUCUAUGGUAUCAUUUUUCUAUAAAAAAGACAAAACCAAAAAAUGAUCAAACUUUCCUAUUUUAUCUGUGUUGCCCACUUCUCUUAUCCCAGAACAGCAGACCUCACCAGUUGGUUUUACCUCCUGCUCUGAUAUAACAGUCUUAUUGUGCUUGUAUUUUGUAUCAUGUAUGUUUUUUCUUUGCAAAGAAAAGAACAUUUUUAUGUACCGAAGAUAUUUUGUUGAUUUAUGAAAUUGAUGUUUUUAUUUGUGGUAUCUGUGGGUUUUAGUAUUCAAUGACACUGGUUGUUGGCUGAGCCUUGAAUUUUUAGCAUUUAAAUAAAAAUCAUCAUGUAAUCUUUGUCAGCA